GAAAGCACUUGUAACUGUCCUAAGCCUAUCUUGUACUUUGUAGUGUGUGUUGAAUUCAUGUGUUUAGAACGCCAAAUAAUAAAUGCUAUUGUUACAAUUUACAUCGAAUAAGGAUCGGUUUCUUGUUAAUAAAAAUAAUAGUACCUAAAAGUGUACCAUCAAUUCGACGAAAUUAUAUUGAUUAGGCCUCCAAAGUGUAACAAGCUGAAUUUUCUUCUGUAACUUAAGUUUCACUUUUUUUAUGGCGAAGUAAUCAAGUAUUCAUUUAAUGUUAAUUUGUAAUGACUAAGCUAAGACUAAUUUAAAAACUUGGCAAAUUUUACUUUAUAAGUUUAUCAUAUAGCAUUAUAAGUUUUACAAAGUUUUAGCCUUAGUGUAAAACAAGUUUUAUAAAGAAUGGAUGCUACAAAAGCAACGUCAAACCCCACUAGUAAUAAUAAUACCACUGUCGUAAGGCCAAAUAAUAAUAGUCCAAACAUCACUACAACUACAACCACAAUGUUGCCAUCCACAGGAGGUGACCAUUCUGUACGCCAUAUUCUUUCAAAUUGUAACGUUAAUACCAGUAGAAGAGAUGAUCAGUCCUCCGACUAUCAUCGAACAACAAGGAAUGUUGAGUUUUACGAUGAAAAUAAUGGAACAGAACCUCUCAUAGAAAUUGGAGAACAUUACAUGGUUAGAAGGUCUGAUAACACAUGGCAUCCAGCUGAAAUAAUACAAGUAAGAAGAAGUGACCAGGAUGGACGAAAGUUUGAAUAUUAUGUUCACUAUGAAGGCUACAACAGACGUUUGGAUGAGUGGGUUGACAAAGAUAGGUUUGAUCUUAGCCACACUCACCAAGACCUUGACAGUAAACACACACAUAUACAGAGUGAUCUGGCUGACCAGCCUGAUCGUAAAAUAACUCGUAACCAAAAGAGAAAACAUGAUGAAAUUAAUCAUGUACAAAAGACCUAUGCUGAGAUGGAUCCCACAACUGCUGCUUUGGAAAAAGAACAUGAAGCUAUCACCAAAGUAAAAUAUGUAGACAGGAUUCAGUUUGGGAAAUAUGAAAUUGAUGCUUGGUACUUUUCUCCAUUUCCUGAGGAAUACGACAAACAGCCCAAAUUGUGGAUUUGUGAAUACUGUCUGAAGUAUAUGCAGUUAGAGAAAACCUACAGGUACCACCAAAGUGAAUGUACGUGGAGACAGCCUCCUGGAAAAGAGAUUUAUAGAAAAGGGACCAUCUCUGUAUGGGAGGUGGAUGGAAAAGAUCACAAGUUGUACUGUCAAAAUAUGUGCCUGUUGGCUAAGCUAUUUCUUGACCACAAAACUCUAUACUUUGAUGUGGAACCUUUCAUCUUUUAUGUCCUCUGUGAAGUUGAUCGACAUGGAGCUCACUUUGUUGGUUAUUUCUCAAAAGAAAAAGAAUCUCCAGAUGGUAAUAAUGUGGCUUGCAUCUUAACUCUUCCACCAUACCAGAGGAAGGGAUAUGGAAAGUUCCUGAUUGCUUUCAGUUAUGAACUUUCAAAAUUAGAGAGUACAGUUGGAUCUCCUGAAAAACCUUUGUCUGAUCUUGGAAAGUUGAGCUAUAGAAGCUAUUGGUCAUGGGUUCUUUUGGAAAUCUUAAGAGACUUUCGUGGUACACUCUCAAUCAAGGACUUAAGUCAAAUGACCAGCAUCACACAGGGAGACAUCAUUAGUACAUUGCAGAGUCUGAACCUUGUAAAGUAUUGGAAGGGUCAACAUGUAAUUUGUGUCACUCCCAAGCUGGUUGAGGAACAUUUGAGAAGUGCCCAGUACAAGCGACCAAGAUUGACUGUGGAUUCAGAAUAUCUUCGUUGGUGUCCACCCAGAAAACAUAUGAAAACUGGAAAAAAGUAAACUUGAGAUUGCCGAAGUGAUCAGUGAUGAAUGAACUGUGUUUUUUGUUUCUUCAAUUAUAGUAGCAAUGCUUAGAACAACAACUGGAAUCGGUGAAAAUUGAAAGAACAAAGAAAAAUAAUUCAUAAAUGUA